CGGAAUCGCUAAUAGGAAUAAACAGUGGCGAACACGAAGCUUAACUCGACAAUAACUCGAGCGAAAUAAUGUAAUAAAUCUGUUUUACCCCAGGAAUGGUUGGGGAAAAGUAGAAAGUGUUGAAAUGUAUGAAUGCUUCAACAUGGCAUAUCAGGAUAACGCUAGCGCCCUUCAGUUGCACAUAAAAAUAAACAGUGAAAAUUUGCUACCGGCACCGCAGAAAUAUAAUGCCGGAUCAUUACGAAUACCAGCCGACCCUUCCUGGCCGAAAAUACCACAACGUAAAUUAAUCGACGAUGUUGGAGAUGCCAUUGAACCCCCGUGUAUAGUCACAUUAACUGGGACUCCUAGAAGAAGUCGUACUGUAGUUCAAACACCUCUAAAUCAAUCUCCGAAAUCCACGUUAACUAAGGACAGUGCAUACUCUUCCUAUCACAAUCAGAGAACUACAUCGAGCAUGCAAACUUUGAAAAGAGUUCCUGGCUACGUCGAUCCUCGUUUCAAAAAGUAUUUUAUCUCCAUUCGUCUACUCGUUGUAUUAACACAAGAGAAAACUUCAUCUAUUUUCAAUAGAGUAACGAACGUGAAGAGGAACCAAGUCACAUCGACUGAUUCGUUCCAGAAAGAAUCGAAUCGUGUCAAUAGUACAAUGUCUGCGCAACAUUUACACAGAGAAGAGAUUAGGACGCAAACGAGGGCAGAGAUGUGUCGUGAAGAGGAGAAACUUGGGUCGACGCAAAAUCACAGAGAAGAAAACAGGUUUAACGUUAAUAGAGAACCGAUAUUGGAACCAAACUGUUCAACAAAUAAUUCAGAAUCGCGCAAAUGUGAUAAUAUUCCGGAUAGCGGAGUUAAGGAGAAGAGCAAUGUAUCAAAGUCGAUGCUCACCAAUGCGAACACUCAGGUGGACAUUGCUGCUUUACCAGUGCAAGAGAAUAAUGGACAGUUGUUUUUCGUGCUAGACAAGAAGCUGCAAAACGCGAUACACGUUGACACGAUCAGCGUGCCUAAAGACUAUGUAAAUCAGUGUUAUAACGUGCAAGUUCCAGUUCUUGCUUAUCAAAAAAUACCAGUGCAAGUAUCUCCAACAGGAGCGAGCAAUGUUAUUCAACAAUGUGUAAACUCAGAAUGUAAUAACUUAAACGAAACACAGUUGACCAAACAGACCGAACGCAAACAGGAAACUAUAAAUAAUCCUCAUAGUGGAAACAACAUCGCGGAGAAUAGCGUUUGCGAAACGAGGAAACAGCAAGAGUCUAGCGAUUCUGAAUACUAUGUCCCUAACAUAAAUAAAAAGCGCAUGCAGAAUAAUGUUUUGCAACGAUUGAAGGUGAACAAGUGCGAGACUAGCGGUGAGGAAACCACGGACUCUGAAUUCGUUGCGCGAAUCGUUCAAAAGAGGGUGAAUAAAAUUAAUCCGGAUACCGUGCACGGCGAUAAUAAAACGACGGUUCAAAAUUACGCGCAGAUAAAUCUUCUGUCAAAAGAGAAUGAAUAUCUGCAAUCCGUGCCCUGCCAAGAUCAAAAUCAAUCGUCGUUCAAUUACAAAACUGCGACCUGCGAGACGAAAGGGAAGAACAAAUCUGAACAGAAUUUGAGUUGUGCAAGGAACGAAUGCACCAGAAAACUCUGUCGCAGUUCCGAACCGUACAUUACGUUUAAGCAAAAAAAAGCAUCGGCGAGAUUUUCCAGAAAAGCCAAAUCCUAUUUUCAAAAGAAUUCUCACUCGGCGCUAGCCGAUUCUGAUUAUACUUUAGCGUGGCCUAACUGCCAGUACGGCAAAUGUAAACGCAAUCAGGCGCAUAAGUUCAAUCAUAAAGUAAAGAAAAUUGGACAUCUUAAUCCAGUAUCCGUGCACGAAUGUAAUGCACAAACUGAUAAUGCACGUUUCGUUGGACAAUAUUAUGCGCGAGAUAACGAGCAGGAUUCGUGCCAAGAAAUGGCUAAGAGUUCGUCGAAAACGUACUUGCAAAGAGAACAUUGCAAGUGCGACGUUUCUGCAAGAUCGAAUAUAGACGAUAACUGUGAAAGAACCAAGGGGAUCUCGCCGAAAACGCAAGAAUUAUUGAACAGAAGUUAUUGGGAGUAUUAUAAUAAAUUAAGACAUAAAAUACAGAACCCGAGUAGCAUCGAUCGACAAUAUGCCCGUCACUUGACAAUGGAUCCACUCGAAAAAGGGAAAAGGGCGAAAAUAAGUGAUGAUAAAGAUUUUCGAAGUCAGUUAAAAAUAAAUCCUGAGCUUCAUACUUUGGAACAGUGCACAGCUCUCUCGACCAUGAUCAACAAAGCACUAGACUCGAAUCCGGAUAUUGUACAGACAAAAUUACAUACGAUGGAGGACUCGCCAUUGAAUCAUAAAGUUAGUUCGAGAAAUGCCAAUGCAAAAAGAGUUCCAAAUUUGACUGACGACGAUAUACUUAAAAUGGGACGCGAUGAGAACAAAACUACUGAUAAACAAUUCUUAGAAUUGAAGUCUAUCAGUAAGUUUAUAGUUUUAUUCGUAGAUCGAUCAGGCCAUGAUCAGACCAUCGUUCGUUGUUACAAUCCUAUUUUUUUAUUUAGUAUUCUUCGGUGGUAUGAUGUAUAUUCUGGUAAUAUUUUUACCGAUGCUGUACGACUACUUUUAUUACGAAGAGAGCGACAAUUACGACAAUCUAAGCUACCUGGAACUGGUAGUGGACUACAUUUUGUCGUCGUUCAAAGAAGCGUUCGGCGGUGUUUACGACGGUGUAAAGCAAAUUUUUUUCUACCCAGUAAGAUUAUAAACGAAAUUUCAAUAAUCGAUUUAAUUGAACUUAUCACGGUGAGAUAUUCAAUUUCAUUUCUAGCAAGCAUGUAAGAAAUGCAGCAAUGUCACGUAAAAAUUAACGAUGAUCACCGCACCCAUGUGCAAGUUAAAAAAAAAGCUAUUUUACUAUCGAUAUUUAUUUUGUAUUAGACAAGUAUUUUUGUAAUUGAUCCUGGUGUGAAUGUUCGAACAUUUGUACACGUGUAUUUACGAUUAAAGUUUGACAUACCUUGA